ACAGAAAAAAAGAAGGAAAAACAUCAAGGACAAAGAGAGAAAAAAGAGGACCCUCAUUCUAGUGAUCAAAACCCACAAUCUCAAGCAUCACCUUCACCUUCUCCCCAACCCUCUGCACAGAUUCUCCCAACACACAGGCAGACCCCAGAAGUCAAGAGCUCUGCUCCAGGCAAAAGCUUGAAGAGAUUGUCAACAGUUGAAAAAUCACAUAGUGCAUGGGAAAGUUCAGAAGAUAGUCGUAAUAAAUUAGUAAGGGCAACUUCCGCAUCAAAAUUGAUACCCAAAAGUGGCAAGAAUGCAGACAAACACAAAGAUGUCAUCGUCAGCCAAGAAGGCGAGUAUAUCAAGAUGUUCAUGCGGGGACGGCCCAUCACAAUGUUUCUUCCUUCAGAUGUUGACAAAUAUUACGAAAUCAAGACAGAGCUGCCCCCUGAGAAAUUAAAACUGGAGUGGGUAUACGGUUAUCGUGGCAGGGACUGUCGAGCUAAUGUUUACCUCUUACCUACUGGAGAAAUAGUAUAUUUCAUAGCAUCCGUGGUAAUACUGUUUAAUUAUGAAGAGCGGACUCAACGUCAUUACUUGGGUCAUACAGAUUGUGUUAAAUGCCUUGCUGUUCAUCCAGACAAAAUCAGGAUUGCAACUGGACAGAUAGCUGGAGUAGAUAAAGAUGGAAGACCUUUGCAGCCCCAUGUUAGAGUAUGGGAUUCAGUGAGCCUGAUGACUCUACAAGUUAUUGGCCUUGGGACUUUUGAACGUGGAGUGGGAUGUCUGGACUUUUCAAAAGCAGAUUCAGGUACCCAUUUGUGUGUGAUUGAUGAUUCUAAUGAACACAUGCUGACUGUUUGGGACUGGCAGAAGAAAUCAAAAGUAGCAGAGAUAAAGACUACAAAUGAAGUUGUCCUGGCAGUAGCAUUCCACCCAACUGAUAAAGAUACAAUAAUAACAUCUGGCAAAUCUCAUAUCUUUUUCUGGACUUGGAGUACAAAUUCAUUAACAAGGAAACAAGGAAUAUUUGGGAAAUAUGACAAACCCAAAUUUGUUCAGUGCUUAGCAUUUUUAGGCAAUGGAGAAGUUCUCACUGGUGAUUCAGGUGGGAUAUUGCUUAUAUGGAGCAAAACUACUGUAGAAGGUACAUCAGGAAAAGGAGCAAAAGGUGUGUAUCAAAUCAGCAAACAAAUCAAAGCUCACGAUGGCAGUGUGUUCACACUCUGUCAAAUGAGGAAUGGGAUGCUGCUAACUGGAGGUGGGAAAGAUAGAAAAAUCAUUUUGUGGGAUCAUGACUUGAAUGCUGAAAGGGAAAUAGAGGUUCCUGAUCAGUAUGGGACAAUCAGAGCUGUGGCAGAAGGCAAAGCUGAUCAAUUUAUUCUUGGUACAUCAAGGAAUUUUAUUUUGCGUGGAACGUUUAAUGAUGGUUUCCAAGUGGAAGUUCAGGGCCACACAGAUGAACUCUGGGGCCUGGGAACACAUCCGUUCAAAGAUCUGUUCUUAACAUGUGCUCAAGAUCGUCAAGUUUGUAUGUGGAACUCAGUGGACCACACUCUUGAAUGGACCAGGCUACUAGAUGAACCAGGACAUUGUGCUGACUUCCAUCCAAGUGGUACAGUGGUAGCAAUAGGAACACACUCAGGAAGGUAAAAAUGUUGUAAUGCUUUUCUUCAGGCAAAAGCAAAGAUAAUCC